AUGGCCGCUCCUUCUGGACGUCGUUCCGUCGCGUCUGACGCGGCUGUGAGCGCGUUUUCUUCACCAGUACGUACCGGAAGUGUCUCUUCUGUGUCCAGUGCGUUGUUUCAGCCGCGUAUGUCGUUUCUGCGUCGCGUGACGUCCGCCCCAAGUGCGCGUCCCGUCGGGACCUCGGACGCUAUUCAAGCGCGGUAUCAAGACGCUACGGAGCGCAGAAGCACGGCAUUGGUGGAGCUGAUACUGGAGACAAUUGCGGACGUUCCGGAAGCUGUGGAGAAGAUUCGAGGGAGCGAGGAGCUACGCCAGAGACUGGAGCAGGAGAUGGACGAGGAGAAUCACGAGCUCUUGCAUCGGUUCUUGGCCGUUGACUUGGAUGACCAGGUGGGCAAGAGUCUGGAGCAGAUGAGGAUGGAAAAGCACUUGAAGGAGAGCUGCGGACGGUGUGAGAGAGCUCAGGGACGAGCUGGGGAUGGAGAGGACAGGUUGAAGGAUGGAGUGACGUUGAUUGAUGGCUCGGGACGUCGUGACGAGCGGAAGAUGGAGGCUGAAGAAGAAGAGCGUGUGGACUUUGGUAAUUGCAGCAGAAGUAGCAGUGAUAUGGACGACGAGUACGAGAACGACUUGGCUGAAGCUGUGCAUCAGCUGUGUAUGACGGACGACACACUUACGUCAAUGAACAAGAUGCUUUCGGACCCGAUUGGGAUUGUGAACGCGCGUGUAAGCAGUGACAGUGUUGCGAGUGUUUCGACUUCCCCACCGUCUUCGUCUGGUCUGGCAGCUUCACCUGGGACAACGUUCAUGGAUGGCGAACCCGUGUCAGCGUUAUGGCCUCGGCAGCCGGAUCAGUUUGCGUUUACGCAAGAGGAAGACCAAAAUACCCGGGCGGAAGACGAGGUGUACAGUGAACUGGUGAAUUCUGUCUGCGACGAUGACGCAUUCCAGGACGAUUGUGGAGAUGGUGAAAACGACGCUGAAGGAGGGAUGCUGGAUGGCGAGAGCGAGGAAAACGAGGAAACGCUGUUUCAUAUGGAUGAUGAGGACGUUGGUGGUGAUAGCAGGGUCAAAGAAAAUGAUCUGGACGACGACGAGGCACAAUUUAGUCAUCAACGCACAUUAUCGGGGCGGCCGUUUAUUGUUAGCUCCCCGAUUUGGGGCCAGUUGACGACGUUUCAGCAUGAUCUUGAUGGCAAAUCGGAACCGAAGACAGGGACCGUUCACACUGUUGAUAUCAAAGAUGGUGACGACGUCCAUGUUGACCUUGACGGGAGUGUAAAUUCUGAAGCUGAAGAUGGCGAGCCAAAAGAGUACGAAGAGUUCCAGCUCCGUAUCAUUCGAGAAAAGAAUCGCACUGGAUUCGAGCCAAAUCAGGACUGGCGACCUCGUGCUGGGGUCUUGAUUGGCAAUCGAUACAAGGUUGAGCUAGCAAUCGGAGAAGCGGUAUUCAGCCGAACGUACAAGUGCAUCGACACGACAACUGACCAGGUGGUGUGCCUCAAGAUUAUCAAGAACAACAAGGAAUACUUUGAUCAGGGUGUUGACGAGAUUCGUGUACUGGAGUACAUUGAUCACAACUGUAAGGUAGACGAAAGGCAUCUCGUUCGACUAUUGGACGCGUUCUACUUUCGCGAGCACCUGAUCAUUGUGACAGAGCUUCUUCGCGACAAUCUCUACGAGUUCUCUCGCCUGCUUCUGCAACGCGGUGUGAUUAACUACUUCAGCAUACCACGCCUGAAAAAGAUCACGAUUGAGGUGCUGGAAGCACUGGACGCGUUACACUCGUUGGGAAUCGUACACUGCGACCUCAAGCCAGAGAAUAUCUUGAUUCAAAACUUUAGCGCGUGCACCGUCAAGGUCAUUGACUUUGGAUCGGCGUGUUUUAUUACGGACGAGCUCACGUCGUACGUGCAGUCGCGUUCGUACCGGGCCCCAGAGGUCAUUCUCGGCUUGCUGUACGACACGAAGAUUGAUUUAUGGUCGCUCGGAUGUGUCGUUGCCGAGAUGUACACGGGCGAAGUGCUGUUUCGCAAUGACUCGGAGCAAUCUCUGUUGGCUCGGAUCUUGGCGACAAUCGGUUCCAUUCCUGCAUCUCUACUCGCUGACCGCGAGGAGUUGCAGCAGCAAUUGAUCGACACUGGAUUGUUCAAAACGGACCAACUGGGCAAUGGCGUCUUGACUGCGAAUAGCAGUGAACCCACAUUAGAAGAGGCCGUGCCGACGAAAGAUGUCGAAUUCCUGGACUUUUUGCGCGCGUUGCUGCAAAUUGACCCAAUGCAUCGAGUAUCGGCACACGAGGCGUUGACCCACCCGUGGCUGCAAACAGGUGUUUUUGCCGAAAACCGCAUCUGA